AUGGAGGACGACUUGGCUGUUAAGAAGCGUGAGGGAGGCGGUUCGUUUAUGGCGGCAGUGUUUGAUGGCCACGGAGGCCGCGGCGCAGCACAGUAUGCCAAAUCUAGACUGUUUCCACUUCUCGAAACCUCCUGCAGCCAUGAAGAAAGUGUCAAGGAAGCAAUGAGAAGUUCAUUCUUAAAAAUACAUUCUGAAAUGUCAUCUGUUAGAGAAUCAUGGACUUCUACUAGGGAAGGUUACCUAAGUACAUCAGGAACAACAGCAACUGUAGUUGUGCUUCAGCCUACCAAAUUAUAUAUUGGAAAUGUUGGUGAUUCUGCUGGGAUAUUAGCAGUAAGAGGUCCAUUUGGAAAACUUUUUCCAAAACCAAUUACUGCAAAUCACAGACCAAAUAACUACAAGGAAUGUCAAAAUAUAGAGCAACUUG